AUGGCUUCCAGCACAGCUAACCCUGCUAACCAUUUGCCAUACUUCUUUGGCAAUAUUACACGUGAAGAAGCUGAAGAGUAUCUGAUGCAAGGAGGAGUGAGUGAUGGACUGUACCUGCUCCGCCAAAGCCGGAAUUACCUAGGUGGCUUUGCCUUAUCCUUGGCCCAUGGAAGGAAAGUUCAUCAUUAUACAAUUGAGAGGGAGCUGAGCGGCUCGUACGCUAUCGCAGGAGGGAAGUCUCAUGCAAGUCCUGCUGAACUCAUUAACUAUUACUCAGAGGAAGCCGAUGGCCUUAUCUGUCUACUGAGAAAACCCUUCAACCGGCCACCAGGCGUGGAGCCCAAAACAGGACCGUUUGAAGAUUUAAAGGAAAACCUCAUCAGAGAGUAUGUCAAACAAACCUGGAACCUGCAGGGUCAUGCCCUUGAACAAGCUAUCAUUAGUCAAAAACCUCAGCUGGAGAAAUUGAUUGCCACUACAGCCCAUGAGAAGAUGCCUUGGUUCCAUGGGAAGAUCUCUCGGGAAGAAUCAGAGCACCGUAUCCUUGUAGGAUUAAGAAACAAUGGAAAAUUUUUAAUCAGAGAAAGAGACAGCAAUGGUUCCUAUGCUCUGUGUCUGCUCAAUGAUGGAAAAGUACUGCAUUACCGUAUUGACAGAGAUAAGACGGGAAAACUCUCUAUACCAGAUGGAAAAAGAUUUGACACCCUUUGGCAGUUAGUUGAACAUUAUUCAUACAAACCAGAUGGAUUGUUAAGGGUUCUAACCAUUCCUUGUUCACGACUUGGCUCAGAAAAUGAUAGUAUUAUUUUUGACACUCGUCUUCCAUCUCCUGGAGCCCCUCUUAAGAGUUGGGCAAGAGGUGGAAUUAUCUCAAGACUCAAAUCGUACACCUUUCCAAAGGCUGGCAGCAAAAAGCAACAGUCACCUAUUGCCUACUCCACUGAUGAUUCAGCAUCUUUUAAUCCUUAUGUGCUCCAAAGGACAAGAACACUCAUGGGCGCUGAUAAAGCUGAUCAGAGAGAGGCCUUACCCAUGGACACUGAGGUCUACGAAAGUCCAUAUGCUGAUCCAGAUGAAAUGAGGCCAAAAAAUGUCACUCUUGACAGGAAUUUGUUAACCCUGGAGGAUGGGGAACUUGGCUCUGGCAACUUCGGUACAGUAAAGAAAGGGUUCUAUAAGAUGAAAAAGGGUGCUAAGCCAGUGGCUGUAAAAAUUCUUAAGAAUGAGAGUAAUGAUCCAGCCAUAAAGGAUGAACUACUGAGAGAAGCAAAUGUAAUGCAGCAACUGGAUAACCCAUAUAUUGUCCGAAUGAUAGGCAUAUGUGAAGCUGAGGCCUGGAUGUUAGUAAUGGAAAUGGCUGAACUUGGGCCCUUGAACAAAUUUUUGCAAAAAAAUAGAGAUGUCACAGAGAAGAAUAUAACAGAGCUGGUACAUCAGGUUUCCAUGGGGAUGAAAUACCUGGAGGAGAAUAACUUUGUACACAGGGAUCUGGCUGCAAGAAAUGUACUAUUAGUCACCCAACAUUAUGCCAAAAUCAGUGACUUUGGACUUUCCAAAGCCCUUAGUGCCGAUGAAAGUUAUUACAAGGCACAAAGUCACGGAAAAUGGCCAGUCAAGUGGUAUGCUCCAGAAUGCAUGAAUUUCUACAAAUUUUCUAGCAAAAGUGAUGUCUGGAGUUUUGGGGUGUUAAUGUGGGAAGCUUUUUCUUAUGGACAGAAGCCAUAUAAGGGAAUGAAGGGUGGUGAAGUUGCACAGAUGAUUGAAAGAGGAGAACGAAUGGAGCGUCCUGAAGCCUGUCCAACUGAAGUCUACAAUUUAAUGAAAUUGUGUUGGACAUACAACAUUGAUGAUCGACCAGGAUUUGUUGCCGUUGAGCUGAGAUUACGUAACUACUAUUACGACAUUUCCCACUAGCAGCACAAAGAACAGCAGCUUCCUCUGUCUUCAGCAAGCACGUUCUGAGAAGCUGCAGCCACCCAUGUGUUCAGUUUCCGAAACUGAGUGACUUUGAUUUUGGUACUGCCACUUUCAUCCUGUAAAGCUCUAAGCUAAGCCCUGUGUGUGGAAUUGCCUUUGCUUGCUUUCUGUGCAAUAUCCAGCCCCAAAACAGGGUGUCAAAAGUGGAGGGGCCACAAAGCGUGCAGAAAGGAUAGCAGCACAGAUGCUUAGACUUCUGCUAUGUUCCAUUUUGUUUUAUUUCCCUCUUAUUGACAUAUUUUACUGGGGUGUAAAACCUAUUUAAUGUCUUUCAGCUCUCCCUCUCUUGUAUUUGAAUGCCGAUUGGGAUUUAGAGUCUUAUUAAUUUUCUUAGCCCUCAAAUACAUUGAGUGGUUCCAGCCUUCCACCUCCACAUGGAGGAAUAUCAUAAACAUUUCUCAUUGUGUAAGAAAUUCACUGUGAAAGUCUGUCAGUCACUUUGACAGCAUGUUUGAUUUUUACCCCUGAAUCCCUUUAAAAGCACAGCCUAUUCCUUUGGUAUAGGUAACAUAAGCCAAGAGCAAAUAGGAGAUGUGAAUUUCUAACAUUUGGAAAGAGGAAGGGAAUCAUCAACUCCUUUAAAUGAUAACAACUUCUGUCUUUCCUCAUGUCAUGUGGAGGCCCACCUGUCCCCCAGGGCGGUAUUUUCUUCCUGGUGAAACCUAGGAACUCAGGGAUAUGUUCUUGUCUGGGGGCAAGAUAUAAGCACCCAAGGAAAUGAUCUGAGGUUUUAACAUGAAGUCCAUGACUGUGUUUCCUAAAAAGCCAGCUGUAAGUUUAAAGGUAAAGAGCAGAACCUUCCUCUCUCUGUCCUGUUUCAGCUCUCUCCAGAGAUCUUUUCCAUGCAUCUCUGGGGUAUACCAAAGCUCCUUGUGCAGCACAGUGAGCAGCAAAUACUUUUUUUUUAAUCUCUCUUUAAAAGCAUAUGAGAUUCACCAGAGCUCAUCAUCUCUAAAGCUAAAUUUCACCCCUAGCUCAAACAUUUUUAAACUGGCUUAUGUUUACUUUUGUCCUCUCCUAAAUGUAUUUGCCUGUUAAUAAUCCUUCAUCUUGCAUUAGACUGCAAAGCCCAUAGGAAGAGGUCUUUGUCUUACUCCUUUUUUGUAAUGCACCAUGCAGUGUCUCCAGUACUGUAUAAGAAUAGCAAUAAUAGCAACAAAUAAUGUAGCCAACCUCUGUUCCCAUUUGUGCUUCUUUUACUUUCUUUGUCCUGUCUCAUUUUAAAUAUUCUAGAUGUCAAAAUUUCUAUUGCUUGUUUCCCACAGUCACUUUACUGGCAUUUAUGUGUAUCUCAGGAAUCCAUGCACAUUGCAUCUAGUGGAUAUAGGUUUCAGAUGAAUAUGAAAAACAAGAUUUAGAGAUAGAUAUAUUUAUUGUAUACAGCUGUUUAGAGUAUCUGUGUUUAAUUGUGGAAUUGCCAGGGUAUUCUUAGAGAUGUAGUGGUAUUUUUCUUUCUAGAGAAAGAAAUUGAAGAAACUCUGCUGGUGAUUAGAGUGCAAAAGUGCUAAUUUGCAUUCUAUGAUAAAACUAUAA